AUCACUGAUUAAUGUUCAAGCCUGCAUUUUGUGCCCGCUCCGUAUCCCCCAAUUCCGUUGAAGGAUUUUCAUGAAACUUUCUUCAAAUGUUUAGUUCACUAAAGCUGUACUAAAAAAACCCAUCUAACCCUGCCAGAUGAUGUUGAGCUGUAUUGCUAUAAAAGUAUCGUGGGCAAAGAUAUAGCUGUCCUUUGGACUGCGUUUUUUCUGAUUGAUUUACAACUAAUAGAUAUUUACAAAAAAUCUGAUUUGCAUCUAACUUUUCAUCUAAUUUAUCAGAAAACCGUGAAGCAUAAACAGUGAAAAAUAUGAGACGCAGAGAAGAAAACCCGUUGUGUGUCUAUUUUCAUUUAACUUUAAAAACUUUAAGCUACUUUCUAAAAACACACAAAUUCGCUUCUGGAUUUUUUUGCACAUUUCUUAUAUUUGGAUUUUGCACAUCUCCAGAUUCUAAAUGAAAAAUAUAUCAAACUGAAAGGAAUAUGAGAUGCAGAGAAGGAAAACUGGCGUGUGCCUAUUCUCGUUUGAUUUUUAAAACUUUAAGCUACUUUCUCAAAGCACACAAACGUCUGAUAGUUGCUUCUGGAUUUUUAUGCACAUGUCUCAUAGUUGGAUUUUGCAUAUCUCCAGAUUCUCAAGUGUCCGUGCCGGAUUGGGUGAACAUAGAAGAAUAUCCACCAUACGAACCGGAAUUACACGAGGACUUUCCAACCGGCUCGGAGUUUGAGCCCCGAAUUCCCCAUAUACUGCACCAAGCACACAAAGACCAUUACGUCCCAUUAGAAUACGCUUCAAAUAUAAAAAGCUUCCUUAACUAUAAUUCUGAUUGGAAAUAUCAUUUCUGGACGGAAGAAUCUGCUAGACAGCUUAUUGGCAGACGACACCGGCCUUUACUGGGAACCUACGACGCUUAUUCUCGGCAUGCAGCCAAAAGUGAAAUCCUUCGUUACGUUGUACUGUAUGAAUUCGGUGGUGUAUUUGCGGACAUUGGUAUAAAAUGUCUAAGACCAUUAAAGAGACUAACUUUCAAAUAUGCGUGUAUAUUGACAACUGUGCCUUUUGAAAUACACGCUAUAACGUUUAAAAUGCCUUAUGUAUUGUACCACGAUCUGAUAUUUUGUAAGGCAAAACAUCCGUUUUUAAAACAGAUAAUCGAUAAUCUGCCGUUAUAUCAACCUAUGCUAAACAAACCUUCCGCCACCGGCCCUCUCUUCUUAUCGGCCCAAUUCAAUAUAUAUAACCAUCAAAAAUAUUACCACACUCCACUACAUAGAGAAAAUAAAACAGAAGGUAAUUCUCCUUUCUUCUACUGCAGCAGACUUCCAGAAAUACACGAAGACGCCGUAUAUGUGCCGAAUUCGAAAUACUUCUCGUUUGACCUAAGUUGGUUGAACGCUUUAUGUCGUGACUUUAAAAAACUCUCUUUUAUACAAAGGAGAGGCUGCCUUGAGCUCAAAGGUAGAACAAAUGCUGUUAGCAAUUUAACUUUCACAUUUAGUCACUGGUAUAUGCCGUUCUACACACCGGUUACCAAUUUUAUAUUUAGAAUUGCAAUAUCAAAUGUGGCAGGAGAUAGAAUAAAUAAUUAAAGACACAAUCAACCUCAGAAAUUGUAGAAAGGACAAUCUUGCGUUUUUAUAAUGUUGAAGUUAUGAGUUAUGAGGUGAUGAUAACAUUCAAGACGCUUUUCAUCGGAAGAAAACAGCACUGAAUGUAAAAUUAAAAGUGAUAAAAGUAUCAAAAUGUAAACAAAGUUGUUAGUAAACUAUUAAACACAAAAGACACAUUAUAGUAAGUAUAGUAGCAUGUAACAGUAUUGCGACUUCCGGUUACAAUAUAUAAUUUGCAAGAUGGAGGAUUGCUUACGAGAAGACAGGAAGACAUAUUUUUAAAAGAAAUGGUAGACAUUUAUGUAAAUUUCAUGAAAUUUUGUCAAGUACAUAUUGAACAGAUGUCAUAAGACACACAUGCAAUUGUAAGAAAAUUGUAAAAAAUUGUAAGGAAUGACAUUGGGCUCAUAAGCACACCAAUUAAACUGAGAUUAAAGAUUUAAAGGGCUAUGUAUCAUUUUUACAUUUUACCUUGUAUCUACAGAAGCAACAGUUUUAUAUAAUUUUAUAUCGAGGUCUACACUGUAACCGAAAUCUUGGUAUAUACUGUCAAACUCCUGUCUAUACUGUAACUCUGCGACAUUCACCUCACGCUUUUCUCUUUUCAAACGCUAUUGAUAAACAGGAAAUUCGGUUCAACCGGUCAUUCACUUUGAACACAAAGGACUUAAGUUUGGUAGCCUUAUUUUUGUACGCAUGCUUCAAUAAUAUGUCAGAAUGUGAGCUAAAUGCGUUUGUCUCUCAAUUUAAAUCAUUUAUUAGUCAAUAACGUGAUAAUACCGCGGUGCCGAGUGCAAGGAAAUAUAUGACUAGAUACUUGAAAGCGAAGCCCUUAAUAUCUCUAGGACAAUGAACUUCUUGCAAUUUUAAUCGAAAAAAAGGAAACUACAUGUCUUUCUGCAAAUAAUUCUCCAUCUUGAAAACUUUUAACAGACACCGGAAAGCGCGAUUUUUAUUACAAUAAAAGAAGCAAUUGAUGAAUCAGCUAUGUCAAUGAGUAACAAUUGAUAUAUUUUAUAAUAAUUUUGUCUUAAUUCUUACAGUUAUGGGAGUCAAGGCAAGCAACCAUUCUUAAAUAACCAAGUAUCAAAGUUUGAAAUAUGAGAUUGUGUUUUUAGAGUUAUUUUCCCUUGUCACUGUAACACAACACCCAAGAGAAAAGCGUUUUGAAAAAUGAUGAUAUACGCAUUUUGUUAAAGCAAAUGGCUUAUCUUAAUAAUUUUAAAUUAUAUGUUGUUCUGAUAAUUAAGGCGAUUUUAAUUCCAUUUAUUGUUAUGAUGAUGAUGAUGUUUUAUUGAUGAUGAUGCUAAUAAUGAUGUUUUUUUUGUUGUAGUAGUAGUUGUUGAUGAUGUUGUUGUUGUUGCUGAUGAUGAUUAUGAUGAUGAUGAUGGUGACGACGACUUCAAAUGUUGUUUACAAAUGGCGAUGAUGCUAUAAUAAAUUGUAUUUUAUUUUGUAUGUCACAUUGUAAUUGACUCAUAUUGUAUAAAAAGUUAUAAGUGAGCAUUCGUUAUGAUCACAAUUUCUUAAACCUGAACUUUUGUUGGACUCAAAAGGUGUACUUAGCGCAUGGUGUAAUAGGGGAACCAACAUACAGCCUACAAUGAAGCAUCAUAUAUGUACAUUUGUGAACAUGGAAACUUAAAAUAUUAUAUU